AUGGGCAACACCAACACCAAGGAGGCCCGCGAUGUCGCCUCGCCCCGCUCUCCGCACGACCCGCGCUUCCCCCAGCAGCAGGACCCGGCGAGCCAGUCGUCGUCUAGGCACAGGUCGCGAGCUAGCCGCUCCGACCUCGGCAGCCUCCUGGGCAUCAGCCAGGCCUCCUCGUCCUCGGCCCAGCCGCCCUAUGAGCGCCGCGAAACUAAGCAGGAGCGGGAGGCCCGGAGGCUCGAAAAGGAGCGCCAGGCUCGCCUGAUAGAGCGCGAGAGGAGUUUGAAAGAGGAGCAUGUCGAUGGCGGCUACCUCGUCACCCUCGGCACCUACGUCGGUCCAGAGGACUACAGCAAGCCCACCGUUCGGCAGCUACAGAUCGAGCGGAAAGUUGCACCAUUCUGGAGGGGCUUGAACGACUUCUCCGAGACGUGGAAUGAGCACCAGAUAAUCGCUGUAGCCCGCGGUCUUCCCCUCCCCGCGGCCGACGCAACUCCCCCCGAAGAACUCAUCCCUAGACCCAUGUCGGCGGACCCAGCCUCGACCUCGUCGCAGAAUCUGAACAGCCUCACGAUCCCCAUGGGCGACAGAACACAGUCGGCCGCUUCUGACAGGAGCGGGUCUGGCCUCGGCUCUAUCAUCCCGUCGUCAUCCUCGGCCCGGAACAGCUCACCCUUCAAACAUCGGCCAAAGGCCAUCGCGGCAGCACUUAGCAUAUCGUCACGCAAUGGCUCGGCGACCGAGAUAGUCCCCCGCGAGAUCAAGCUUGCGCAGGACCCCUUCGUCAAUGGGCAGCCUCUUGAGGUGUUUUUGUACAAGGACGCUGCAGAGUGCCCCAUCUGUUUCCUCUACUACCCGCCUUAUCUCAACCACACGAGAUGCUGCGACCAACCGAUAUGCAGCGAGUGUUUUGUGCAGAUCAAGAGGGCCGAACCUCACCUCCCCGAAGGGCAUGGAGAGACUGAGAACCCCGAGGCGAACCCGGAGGAGCAGGCAGGCCUCCUAAUUUCCGAGCCGGCCUGCUGUCCGUACUGCCAGCAGCCCGAGUUUGGCGUCACAUACGAGCCCCCUCCGUUCCGCAGGGGCCUGACAUACUCCAACUCGGGGCCGAGCUUGGGGGUUGGGGUGUCGGGGACGGCCAUGUCUUCUAGUAGUUCACUGAGCUCGAACCUGUCCCCAACUUCCAUGACACACCCAUCCACACAGAACAGGAGACGGACACAGUCGCUUUCGGUAAACGCCCCCAAUGUCAUCACCACCGACCGCGUCCGCCCCGACUGGUCGACGAAGCUUGCAACUCAACGUGCUCAUAUCGCUAGGCGCGCCGCGGCUGCCACUGCACUUCACACGGCCGCAUUCCUAAUGGGAAACUCGGAGAACAGGGGGUUCAGAGUCGGCAGGUUCAGCAGGCGGAACACGGGCAGUGCAUCGGCAGCAGGGCCCUCGAGCGGUUCUGGCGAUGCUGCUACCGAUGCUGCCGGCGGUGGAGGUGGGGAGAGUGGAUCUCGCUCGCCGGCAACCAUGGAGCCGGGCCCUCGGGGCAGCUCGGGGCGGGCAAUUCUCGGAGGCGGCAGGAGGAGCCGUAUGGAGGACCUGGAGGAGAUGAUGUUUGCCGAGGCCAUAAGAUUGUCCCUCGCGGCCGAGGAGGAGCGAAAACGCAAGGCUGACAAGGAGGAGCGGAAGGAAGCCAAGCGCAGGGAGAAGGAGGAGAAGAAGGCGGCCAAGGCUGCAGCAAAGGCCGGUGCGUCGGGGCCAUACGCAGGAAGCACUGGCGGGAGCGGGUACAGCUCUGUAAGCGGCAGCUCUUUGAGCCUGCCAAGCCUGGGUCUGGGCCGCCGUCGGGGCAAUAGUGCUGCAUCCAACCUGCGUGUUGAAGCCAGUGUUGCCAGCGCCAUGGCGGCGACGGCCAUCGGAAGCCCCAGCGCUUCAAGUGUUGCCCUCGCAGGCGACAAGGACAAAGGGAAGGGCGUCGAGCGUUCACCGCCCUCGAGCACCAAGGAGCCGAGCGCCGAAGGCGAGCAGAGUUCAUCGAGUGGCGCCUCUGCUUCGACCGCUCAGCCUAUCCCGUCGCCGCCACACCGGCCCGCCGGGCCAUCACAUCUUCGCCAGAUGAGCAGCGCAUCCUCCAUCACGAAUUCGUCGCUCAGUGACACGCCUGGUGGUAGCUACAGGGGCCAGUCACAUGUUCACGACCCGCGCGCGAGUGGCUACAGCCUGGGCGGACACAGCAAUGCCUGCGAUGAUGCGGGAGGGCAGGGGGACCGGGCAGCCGACAGGGACCCCAGCACCAGCACGGAACCCAUGUUCAACUUCACCAGUCUCGCCGAGAUGGUGGGCGUGCAGCUCGAGGGCGAGCAUGCCGGACGCCGACUGUCCGCCAUUGGCCGCGAUGCUGUUUCUGGCGAGAGCAGCGCGACACAGGCAAGCGAUUCGGCCAAGGAGGAGGCCGAGGUGCAGCAGAUCGAAGAUGCCGUCGAUCAGAAUGAUGUCGACAGGGCUCCGAGCCCAGCGGCCAUUAAGACGGCCCAGGCUCCCCCGCCGCCAGAACUGGUGGUGACGCCGGGCACUCCGGCGAUAGUCGAAGAUGGGAUCGAAAAUUCUAAGCAACUGGGGGCAACAGAAGUGGUUCACAAUUCGGCCUGA